AUGAAAUCAGCAGUCUUAUCCGUCCUCCUUGCUCUUGGAGCCCGCUCCGCCCACGCCCAAGUCCAGGGCGCCGCGUUCGGCUUCGCGACGGGCACCACCGGCGGCGGGGACGCUCAGCCGCAGUCACCGGCUAGUCUGGAAGAACUCACCGCCUGGAUCACAGACGACACCCCGCGCACCAUCCUCCUAGACCGGACGUGGGACUUCGCCGGCACGGAGGGCAUCACAGAUGGCAAGUGCUGCAGCACCGACACGACGACCUGCGAGAGCGGCACCUCCGCCGGGCAAGCUUGGAUCCAGGACUCCUGCGAUGAUGGCACCUGGGUGGAGUGUAAGUACGACAACGCGGCGCGCACGCCCCUCGAGGUCGGAUCAAACAAGAGCAUUGUGGGCGUGGGCAGCGAGGGCGUCCUCAAGGGGAAGGGACUGCGUGUCACGAAGGGGAACACGAACGUCAUUAUCCAGAAUAUUCACAUUACUGAUCUGAACCCCCAGUAUGUCUGGGGCGGAGACGCCAUCACGCUUGACGAUACGGAUCAGGUCUGGGUUGAUCAUAACAAGAUCUCCCUCAUCGGCCGCCAAUUCAUCGUCAGCGGCUGGGGCAAGGCCGGUCACGUGACCAUCUCGAACAACGAGUUCGACGGCGCCACGGAGUGGUCCAGCGGCUGCAACGGCAAGCACUACUGGACAGCGCUGCUAAUCGGCGAAGACGACCAGUACACGUUCUCGGGGAACUGGCUGCACGACGUGUCAGGGCGGGCGCCGCACAUGGGCACGGACAAGACCGAGUCUGGCAUCUUCUUCCACGCCGUGAACAACUACUUCCAGAACAUCGGGGGCCACGCGUUCGACAUCGACACCAACACGUGGUCGCUGCUGGAGGGGAACUACUUCGAGAAGGUGGACACGCCGCUGACGGAGACGUCGUUGGCGAGCGGCGCGCUGCUGUAUAAUGUGCCGGAUGAGACGGCUGCGGGGGCGUGCGAGGCUGCGGUUGGGUAUGUGUGUGAGUGGAAUCGCGUGGAUGAGGGGUCUGGGGAGUGGACGGCGAAGACGGAUCAGGAUGUGCUGGAUCGCGCGGGCGAGUUUAAGGAGUUUUUGGUGGAGCAUUAUGGGGUGGCUGAGGUGCCGGAGAAGGUGGUUGCCAAUGCGGGGGUGGGGAAGCUGUGA